AUGCAGGAGAAAUUGGGCACGGAGGCUUGGAGAGACGCUUCUGUGGCGAAGAAGCCCAUUUGGACUGAAGGACGACGGAAGCAUUCCCCGGACGCGCCUGCUCGACCUGGUGACGUCUUGAUCACGGACGGAACUUACUCCGGUGGUGAGAAGUGGUGCAGACAUCCUAUGAGUAACACGAGAACCUUGUUCGCCACCGUCACUCCUCUUCGAAAAGAUUGUUUUAAUGGUGAUGCCCGAGGAGCCCUAGGUCUGGGUGGGACAGCGUCGAUGAUUGGCGCUUUGAUAGAGUUCGCUGUCGAAAUUCCAGAAGUGCAGGGAUGGGAGUUGACGGUUCUGGCCAGUUCCUUGUUAGAAAGUGGUGCAUCUAAUGCGUCCAGCCCCAGCCUUCUCUCACCAUUUUCGGUCACAGCUGCGGAGAUAUUAGAGGAUCUGUGCGCGCAUGAGUCGAACGUGAUGAUCGUACUGCCUUUGUAUGCGGGAGAAUCCGAGAGAUCAAGACCGUGGCUCACGUCAGGGUUCGGUGGUUGUCCUGUGAAGGAAGACAUUACGACGCUUGACAUUAGUGAGGACAAGGACAAGGAACGGGAAUCCAUACUCCUGAGAUGUGAAGUACUCACUGCAUUAUCCUUGAGUCAGAUCGUAGGGACGGUCAUCAAAACUUGGAUAGAGGAAAGGGCAUAUGCGUACCUGAUGGGACUUCAGACACGCCUAAGAGUAAACAUUUGA